AAACAAGGAGAGGGGGUUGUUUAACUGCGAGAGAACAAUGCCCACGUUUCUUUCUAAAUCUUGAAUUCGGGAUAAUUAUUCGUGCUCAUUAGUUAUGCAAAUGAUUCGCUGCGCAGCAUCGAAAUGAAGAGGCUUAUUGUUGGGAUUGGAGGGAUGACCAAUGGAGGAAAAACUACUCUUUCUAAAAGUCUACAUCAGAAGAUCCCGAACAGCUGUUUAAUUGCACAGGAUUCCUAUUUUAAAGAUGAAUCUGUUGUUCCGGUGGACCACAACGGCUUUAAGCAAUAUGACACGCUCGACGCUCUCCACAUGGACAAGAUGAUGAGCGAGGUAAACUCGUGGAGAAGAGAUCCUGUCUCGAUCCAGAGAGAGAAAGCCGGCCGGGACGCCAGUUCUCCAUCAGCUAAUGGGGUCUUCGUCUUGAUAGUGGAAGGUUUCCUCAUUUUUAACUACAGGCCUCUAAAUGAUCUGUUUGACAAAAAGUACUUUUUGGAAAUACCUUAUGAUGUUUGUAAGAAGAGAAGAAGUUUCAGGGUGUACACGCCUCCAGAUCCCCCCGGCUAUUUCGAUGGAUACGUGUGGCCGAUGUACCUCAAAAAUCGUCAAGAGAUGGAAGCCCUUACUUCAGAAAUUGUGUUUUUGGAUGGUUUGAAGCCAAAAGAAGAACUCCUGGCGAUUGUGCUUGAAGAAGUUAGUAAAGAAAUAAACAGACUUAAAGCAACUUUCUCAUGAUCCAAAGGACAGGAAGUCUGGAUGAGAACUACGAUAUGUAUGAUGUGGAUCUGAAGAGAGAAACUGGAUUGAAAAAGCAAAAUUAAUACUUUUGUGUUACUAAAAAA